CGUAUAAGUAGCAUCUAUCUAACAUGUACAAAAACGGCAUUAACAUAAAAGAAAAUGAUGGCCAGCAAUACGGAUGGUCGCAGACGACUAAGGAGCUUACAAUAUAUGUCGAAUUUUCUCCUCCACUAAAAUCCAUCAGCGAAAUCGCAGUUGAAAUAACUUCACAAUCUAUCAGCGUGCGACGUAAGACGGCACCUGAAGGUGAAUAUAUACUUAAAGGAAAAUUAUGGAAGCCAAUUAAGGUAGAUGAAUCUACGUGGCACGUGGAAGAUCGCAAGUUGCUUACGAUAGAGUUGAUGAAACUGAAUCGUCUGGAGUGGUGGAACUGUGCAAUAGUUGGACAUAAAGAAGUAGAUACAACAAAGUUGCAGCCAGAGGUAUCGACCGAUGUAAGCGAUUUAGAUAGCAAAACACAAGAAUUAGUGAACAAAAUGAUGUUUGAUAACAGGCAGAAGGCGAUGGGACUGCCCACGAGCGACGAGCUGAAGAAGCAGGAAAUGCUGAAGAAGUUUGCGGAGCAGCAUCCAGAGUUUGACUUUUCUAAGGCAAAAAUCCAGGUACGUAAGGAUGCAUAUACGCAUGAGUGUAUAUGACUUAUGUAAAGGUAAGAGACUGACCAUAAGAGAAGUGAGGGUAGAAGCAGGACUUUAAAGUUAAUAAAGAUUAGGAUGAAAAAGAUGAUAUAGAGAGAAGACGCGAAAAGGGAUUUGAAUAGGAUAUAAAAUGAGGGUAAGGAGUAAUAGUUAUAAGUGUAGAAACUAGUGAGGGAUUUUGGAAGAGGUACGUUGAGCCAAUGUGGUUUGGAGAUGUGUUUGAACAAGGUUGAAUGGGUCAUUAUGAGAGGGGUUAAGGGAAGAAGGUGUUCUAGCGAGUGCGUGGAUAGCUUGAAAGCGGCGUCCUUGUGAGAUGAGAGAGUUUGUUCUAGAGCGCUUAUUGGUACAGGAAACGGGACGGAAUGAAGUUUUCGCCAGAGGGUUUGAGGAUGAAUCAAUGGCAAAGGGGUCAUGGAUAUCGCGAGCGAAAUCUUGAUCAAUGGCAGAGAGUAAGUUAUCAACAGAAAUGUCUGUUUUUUGUGAAGGGCGUCGAUCUU